AUGAAAAACCUCUAUGGGAAGAAGGGGGAAAGUUCAGGUGGUUCGGGUGGAAAGCAGAAAAGUGGAAUGCAAAAGGGACUUAAAUGUAGACGGUGCGGACUUCGUGGACAUAUUGGUGAAAAUUGUCAAGUCCGGUGUCAUAUCUGCAAACGUAUUGGACACAUCUCCAAGAAUUGCAAGCAAAACAGCAUUGUUCACAACAUUGAACAAGGAGAGUCGAGUUCGGAGAGUUAUGAGUUCGGUAUGGAUGAGAAUUGUGAAAAUGCCUUGGACAAUGAGCUUUACCCCGAGUAUGAUCAUGACAAUGAGUGUAAUUCAGUUGAGAUUGAAAAAGGUAAUGCUAAUACAUGUUCUUAUCUGUGUGCUGAUUUCUCUAAACUUACUCAUUUAACUGAUUCGAAAUCUUCAAAUAUGUAUGUGAGGGAUAAGGUGUUUAAUGCCUUUGAUUUUAGUUAUCUUGUUUGUGAUCCCGAUUCCACUAUUACCACUGAUAAGUCUGACUUAAGUUUAGUUUCUGAUAAUGUGUUUCCGAAUGUCAAUAUGAUUGAGUUAAGCAAACCGUAUGUAGAAGUAGAAAUCAACGGUAAACUUCUGUCUAUGGAGUUCGAUUCAGGGUCUGCAGUGUCUGUUGUGAGCAAACGUACAUUAUUAUCUUGUGGCUUGGCCAAUUUAACACUUACACCCAGCAGGCAAACAUUACGGGUUGCAAACGGACAAAUCAAAACAGUUGACGGCUGUGCUGUAGUUAAUGUAGAGUUGAACGGUGAAAAAGCUCAUGGAAUGCAGCUCUAUGUAGCAGAGGACUUCCCCAGUUUGUUUGGAAGACCGUGGAUUGUAAAGUUCUGUGGACAGAAUUGGCUAGAGAAGCUGCUCAGCACAAAGUUAGUACAUAAUGUAGCCCCAGACAAAUCCCAGCAGGUGUCAGUGAGCUGUGAAAGCUGCUCUGGGAGUGGUGUCGAUAAGGGUGACAUGCUAACCGAUGGUGCGACCGUGAAAAACAGGUGGAAAUGUGAAAACACCUGUACUCGGGUUGAUCAAUGUCGUAGUAUCGCUCAGUUAAAACAGAGCGAGGUGUUUAAAUCGGGUUUAGGACUAGUUAAGGGUGUACAGGCAAGUUUGGUCCUGAAGGACAACUCCAAACCUAUUAUGAUGAAAGCCCGUAGUCUACCCUAUGCCUUGAGAAACAAGGUUGAAAGUGAGUUAAAUGAUAUGGUUGAAGCGAAGAUUCUAACCAAAGUCGAAGACAGUCCAUGGGGGACACCCAUAGUGCCUGUGAAGAAGGAUGGAGGGCAGUCAGUGCGCAUUUGUGGGGAUUAUAAAUCGACCCUGAACAAAUGUAUCAGCACCCGACAAUACCCUCUACCUACCGUGGAGGAAUGUCUGAAUGCUGUGCAGGGGGGACAAACGUUCUCUAAGAUUGACAUCAAAAAGGCUUAUAAUAACCUGUUGAUAAGAAAUGAGGACCGUGUCUUGACCACCCUGAAUACGCACAAAGGGUUGUAUCAAUGGAAUCGCUUGCCGGAUGGCAUCAACAGUGCAUCGGCUAUAUUCCAGUCAUGUAUGGAUGACACUCUGUGGGGUGUGCCUAUGACGUGCUGCAGAAUUGACGAUAUAUUAGUUUCUGGUCGAAAUGAGAGUGACCAUCUGAUCAACCUCAAUAAUGUCAGAAGUAGGUUGGAGCAGCGAGGUUUUAAAUGUAAAACCGAAAAAACUUCUUUCAUGCAAAAAGAAGUUGUCUAUCUGGGUCAUGUGGUGUCUGCUGAAGGGAUCAAACCCGUGAAAAGCAAGGUCGAGAGUAUGCUGAUGGCUCCAGAACCUAGGAAUGUGGACGAACUGAUUAGUUUUUUGGGGGCUGUGAAUUAUUACAGGCGCUAUUUGCCCAACUUGUCGUCUGUGAUUGCUCCAAUUGAAAGGCUGAGAGCUAAGAAUGUAAAGUGGGUGUGGACAAAUACCGAAAAGACAGCGUUUAAAAUAUUGAAAAAUCUGCUGGCUUCUAACCGUGUAUUGACCUUUUACAAUCCCAAGCUUCCUCUUAAACUGGACACUGAUGCUUCAAUCGGUGGCAUUGGCGCAGUGUUGUCUCACAUUAUGCUGAAUGGGGAUGAGCGCCCCAUUGAGUUCAUCUCCCGGACCCUGUCACCGGCCGAGAGGAAUUACGCUCAAGUGGACAAAGAGGCCCUGGCCAUAGUGUGGGCCAUAAAGCGCCUACAUAUUUACUUGUAUAUGAGACAGUUUACCUUGGUGACAGAUCAUCGUGCGCUGGUUCGUAUAUUUGGCGAUAAGCCAAUUCCAGAGAUGACUGCCGGUAGGUUAACUAGGUGGGCUUUAUUCCUUAUGAAUUACCAGUAUGACAUUCAAUAUCGUAAUACCAAGGAUCAUGCUAACGCUGAUAUGUUAUCCAGGCUGCCAAAAUCGGUAACACACCCUGUGAGGGAGAGAGACGAGUUUGGUGAUAUGUUUGCACUGACUAUGAGCGAGACUUUACUCAAUGCUGAGUUAGUGGCGAACGACACUCGUAAGGACCCGAUUCUGAGCAGAGUUUUGGAAUACACUCUGAAUGGUUGGCCGAAGAAUCUGAAAUGUGACGGUGAUCUCAAAGCUUUCUGGACUAGAAGAGACGAGUUGAGCCAUGAACUUGGAUGUUUAACUUGGGGAGCCCGUGUCGUGAUUCCCGCUAAACUGAGAAGCACUGUAAUGGAUAUUCUGCACGCCACUCACAUUGGAGUAACAGGUAUGAAAUCCUUGGCCAGAUCUUACGUUUACUGGCCACGUCUUGACACACAAAUCGAGGAUACUGCUCGGACGUGUGAGACAUGCGCCAAGUAUGGUAAGAACAUGACUAAAGUCGUUGACCACCCCUGGGCUAAAUCCAGUGCACCUUUCCAAAGAGUACACGCGGACUUUGCGGGCCCAUUCCUGGGCAGCAUGUGGCUAUUAUUAGUAGACUCUUACAGCAAGUGGCCUGAAGUUGUUCAAAUGAACACAAAUACAACAUCUAGUGCUACAAUACGUGCUUUUAGAUCCAUAUUCUCUCGUACAGGUAUUCCAAUCUGUCUGGUAACGGAUAACGGACCACAGUUCGUGUCGGAUGAAACUGAGGGAUAUCUGAAAUCCUGUGGUAUAAAGCACGUGACUGUUCCGACGUAUUCUCCCAAAUCAAACGGAAUCUGCGAACGACUUGUUCAGUCGUUUAAAUCCGCCCUGAAAAAGAUGUCUGUAACCAGUAAGGACGUGUGCAAGAAUCUGAACGAUUUUCUGCUAACUUACCGCAACACACCCCAUUCGUCUACUGGUCAAACACCAGCUGUGUUAGCGUUCAACAGAACUCUGCGAUCUAAACUACACCAAAUCAAACCAACCGAUCGGAUGAGGGAGCAGGAAUUGCAAUCUGAGAAACUGCAAGUUGCAAUUAACGAACACCCCAGAACUCGAGAGUUCCGGGAAAAUCAGCUCAUUUUCGCCAAAAUGGACGACAAAAGCCACUGGGAACAAGCUAGAGUAAUCAAAAGACUCGGUGAUAAUUCGAACAAUUACGUGGUCCAACACGCUGACGCAAUAAAACCGCAAAAAAACGCUGUUAACCAGAGAGAUAGCUCGCUCUGA